GUAAAACUGUAACCGCACAAAGCCGUCGUAAUUUGUAAAUGUUUACUUUCUGAUUUUUUUUCUUCCUAAGUCAUACGUGUUUUUGUCUUGUCAUAUCUAAAUUGAAUCAAGAAUAGAUUAAUGUUUGAAUUCGCGUUUGAAAAUUUUAGUUAGAGUUGAAUCACUACAUUCCAAACAAAUGAAUUGCACUUGAUUUAGUUUUUGUAAAUCGAAAUGUGGUCUUUUUUUAGUAGAGAUGCAGCAAAGGAUUUUGCUUUCGAACUUGGUGCUGAAGUGGAAGGUUUAAAAGAUUACUCAAUCUGGAAAUUGCAUUCUGGAAAGAAAAAAGCAUCUGGGGAGGCAGUCAGCAUCUUUGUGUUUGAAAAUUCUUCACCAGAAACUGCAUCUUUGUUAGAAAUUGCUAAAUCUGCUUUGAAAAGAUUGAAGACUCUAAGACAUCCUAGUAUAUUGACAUAUGUAGAUAGCUUGGAAACUGAUAAACUUGUGUACUUAGUUGUUGAGCCUGUGGAGCCUUUAGAACUCCAUUUGAACAAAAAUUCUUAUACAGCUGACCAAAAGAAUCUGGCAAUAUCAUGGGGUUUAUAUCAAAUAGCUUCUGGUCUUAGUUUUCUCAACAAUGAUUGCCACCUGUCACAUAAUAAUGUUUGCUUGUCUUCUGUGUUUGUGGAUCGAGCUGGUGAGUGGAAGCUUUUUGGUUUGGAGUAUAUUGCACCUGAAUCUUACCCUGUGAAAGUUUUACCUUCUCUUCAGAUUUAUAAUCCACCUGAACAGGGAAGCAAUCAUUAUGCUAAGGAGUCUUCCAAUUCUUGGGCUUGUGAUAGCUGGGGUUUUGGUUGUUUGAUCUGGGAAGUUUUUAAUAGUAGAUUAAGCAAAAUCUCCUCUCUGAAAAAUACAGGAAAAAUUCCUAAUAAUCUGUGCCCUUUUUACUGUGAACUUGUUUGUGCUAAUCCAGAUUCUCGACCAAGUUCCUCAACUUUUUUGAAGAAAGCUUCCAAAGCAAAAGGAUAUUUUAAAAACAAAUUUGUGGAUACCAUGCUCUUCUUAAGAGAAAUACAUAUCAAAGACACUGAGGAAAAAUUGAAAUUUUUUAAUAAUUUAUCUUCUUCACUGGAUUCUUUUCCGCAAGAUAUAUGCCUGUAUAAAGUAUUACCUGAACUUGUUAAUGCCUUUGAAUUUGGAAAUGCUGGUUCUUCUGUUUUAACCCCCAUGUUUAAGUUAGGAAAGCUAUUGCCCGAGGAUGAGUACCAGAAAAAAAUUGUACCAUGUAUUGUAAAAAUGUUUUCGUCUAAGGAUAGAGCAACAAGGGCUAAACUUUUACAGCAGGUUGAACAGUUUAUCGAUCACAUUCAGCCUUCUGUAAUUAAUAAUCAAAUAUUUCCAAACAUUGCCCAGGGUUUCUUAGAUACCAACCCAACUAUAAGAGAUCAAACAAUAAAGUGCAUGAUGUAUUUAGCCCCUAAGCUGAACUACCAGAACUUGAAUGAUGAGAUGUUGAAACAUUUUGCUCGCCUUCAAAGCAAAGAUGAACAGGGCGGAAUUAGAACAAAUACAACUGUUUGCCUUGGAAAAAUUGCCUCUUAUCUUCAUCCACAAACAAGAAAGAAAGUUUUGAUUGCCGCUUUUUUGCGAGCUUUAAGAGAUCCGUUUCCACCCGCAAGAACAGCAGCUAUUCUGGCUUUAUCUGCUACUGAGCAUUAUUACAGUAUUAAUGAUUGUGCUACCAAAGUUUUACCUGCUCUCUGUCAUUUCACUGUUGAUCCAGAAAAGGAUAUAAGGGACCAAGCUUUUAAAGGAAUUGGAGGUUUUCUUACUAAGCUGCAAAAAGUUUCAGAUGAUCCGAGUCUGAUUGAGAAAAUGGAGGCAGAGUUACAAUCUACAACACCUGCUUCCAUUGCUGCUUCAUGGACUUCUUGGGCAGUUACAUCUUUAACUGAUAAAUUUUAUAAAUCGAAUGUAAAAUCCCAGAACAAUCCUUCUCCUCAAAGUGACACACCAUCAGCAGAAUCAGCUGCUGAAAAAUUAGAAGAACUAUCAGUUAAGUCUGAAAAGACUACAAAAGAUGAUAAUUCAUGGAAUGAUAAUUGGGGAGAUGAAGAAGAAGAUUCUAAAGCUGGAAUGAUGAGUUUACCAUCUCCUUCAACAAUCAGCCCCAGUAAUGAAAAUGAUGGUUGGGAAGAUGAAUGGGAAAGUUUGGAAACUGAUAAUAAUGUCUCAAAAAAUACUGAAAGAUUAAAGACCUUCUUUCAUGGUGACAGUGAAGAUCCAUUCAGUACAAGUACAUUUGAAAUGAAGGCAGAGGUUACAAAGGAAAUGUCUCCAUCUACACCUGAGACUGGUGGCGAUUGGAAUACCGAUAGCUGGGACAAUUGGGAAUCAAGUACAGCACCUAAAACAGGUUCUAUCUCUGAACGGAAUGCCGAAUCUCUGCAACAGAAGAAAGAAGCGAAUCGAAUGGCGAGAGAAGAAAGAAGAAAACAAAAAUUAAAAGAGAGGCAACUAGCAAGACCAGUUAAAUUAGGAGCUCAAAAAAUCUCAUCAUUAAAUGAUUAAAUGUGUGAUUUUAUUCUA